AAUUCGAAAAUUUCUGAAGAGUGCCACGUUACAGAACUCUGACUAAGCAAAACGCCAAAGCAACAGGUGGACGACAAGGUAUCUCAAAAAGUCUGAAACAAAAUGGAAUCAGCAUCUUAACCCCAAGACGACAAACGCAUAACAAAUGAAAAUGACGCAAGAGAAGGGUAGUUCAAGUUCUGUAGUCAAGGUAUCCCCACCUUAACGCGCCGUGCUUCCACCGAUCCACGUCCGCACCGUGUCGAGCUAGUUUUGUUUAGUUUUGCGCAGAAACGGUGCGGACACGGAGCCAUAGAAUAUGGAUGCGGAAAAAUUAAUCGAAGAGAUACAAAACUUUCCAGUGCUCUACGAUCAGUCACAUGAUAAAUACCGCAACACUGAAUAUAAAGAACGUGUUUGGAGAAAAGUUUCAACGAACAUCCAGGCUAAAGGUGGAGUGCCAGAAUGUAAAAGGAGAUGGAAUUCAAUUCGAGAUCAACUUCGCAGGACGAUUCAAAAAAGAAAAACUAAAUCUGGACAGGAUGCUAAAAAACGUUGCAAGUAUAAGUAUGAGAACAUUCUUAAAUUUUUAUUACCUCAUCUAAUUGAAAAGGAUAGCAUAACAAAUGACCAAGCAGAAGGUUAUGACGAUUCAGAAAGUAUAGCUGAGUCGCAUGAUACCCAAGACUCAUUCAACCGAGGAGUAGAAAAUAUCAGCCAAGCUGAUGGACCUAAAAAAGAAGAUGAUCAAGGUUCAACUUAUGACACAAGUUUUCACUUUUCAUUAGAAAAACAUCAGUUCGCCACUCCUACGGCAGGAAAGAACAUUCUAUGUGAAGUGAAACCGCAAGACAUCUCAGCGAGUCAGCUUCUUGCUUACAUGUUAGCAGAGAGAGAGGCUGUGAAAUCGAUCAUGCAAGGUUCACAAACGAGCACACAAGAUCCAGUUUAUGCUUUUUUGUGUGGACUCGCACCAACACUAAAAUCUCUCAAUCCUAUGCUGCUGAAUGAAGCCAAAGGAAAACUGUUUAGUGUUGUGCAGGAACUAGAAAUGAGGCAGUUGCAAAUGAAUGCCAAUGGCCAAGGACACAUAAUGCAAUCAUACCCGAUGCCCGCACAGUCAUCAGCGUCGUCAUCUUCCUCAUCGGCUUCAUCUGCAUCAACAACCACAUCUGAAACGACAAAAGUUAAGGAACCUUCGUAAUUGAAAUUGGCUUAGCUUUUAAUCAUUUUAUGUAUAUCGUGAAUUAUUUUUGUGAAUUUGAUGGAGCGAAAAUGAAAAUAAAAGUUUUCAUGUCGAA